AUGGAUAGCGCGCCCGCCGCUCCCUCCAAAAUAUACUCUCGAUCUCGUGGGGCGUUUCUUAUAACACGGAAGCUUAUUGCGAGAGGUCAUAACUCGUUUGUCUAUCUGGCUGAGCGCAACACGGAUAAGACACCAUAUGCGUUGAAACAAGUGCCCCGAAACAACAAACGAACAGAGAAUCUCCAGCGAUUGCGAGACAGAAACCCUGCCCGUUCAGCCUUACCCCGUACUACCUCCGGCCCCUCACCCCUUGUUGUUCGUCGAGGCACAGAAGAAGUCAAAGUGCAGAAAGAGGUCGCAAUCAUGAAGAAGUGCGACCAUCCCAACAUUGUCAAAAUUCAAGACUUCAUCGACGAUCCUUGCAAUGACUCUGUCUAUAUUCUCAUGGAGUACAUGCAAGGUGGCGAGCUUCAAUGGCGAACUCAGGCCGAUCAACCGUGCUUAACUAUGGGCCAAAUCAGACGAGUUAUGCGCGACGUUGUCCUUGGAAUCGAAUACCUCCAUAUGCAAGGAAUCAUUCACCGAGAUAUCAAGCCUUCAAACAUCAUGUGGAACAGUGACCGCUCUCGCGUAAAAAUUGGCGACUUUGGCAUCGCCGCCCUCGUUGAAGCGGAGACUAUGGAUGGGGAUGUACCACGACAUGCUGGCACUCCCUCCUUUCUUGCACCCGAGAUUGCUCCUGGUGGUGGCGGGUCCACAGAAGUGACGUUUGCUGUCGACCUUUGGGCACUGGGCGUAACUCUCUACGCCAUGCUCUUUGGCGCUUUACCCUUCCGAGCACAGAUCACCGAUUCUGGUCCAGUUGCCGCGCAGAACUCGCUAUACCGCAGCAUUUGCGAAGACUCAUGGACACCGCUCGCCAAUAUGUCGUCUCAGGCUCUUCCAAUAGCCCGGGAAGAUUAUGGCAACGGCGGUGUUUUGUUUCUUUUGAAUGGGCUAUUGACCAAAAGCCCCGAAGAACGUUUCGACGACGAGGCGCUCAGGGGCAUGAUGACUUACGGCUGGCUUUUCGCAGACAUCGAGAAACCCGCAGACUGGACGCAAGUAACGACCCCCUUAUUCCACCCUCCACUUGUUUCCGACCCCAGGCCUCCUUCCCCACCUCCGAUUGCGUCUGGUUCUCGUCGGGCGAAAAAGAUAUCCGUUUCGAAGCGUGACGAGGCCAACGCCAUAUCAGAAACCAAAUUCAAAUGGCCGGUGUUCUUUCAUCUCCCUCGACGAGUCACGAACCUUUUCAAACCGCUCAAGGCAGUCGAAGAGGAGGAGGCGAUCGAUGGCCGUGGCCGACCACGUGGAUUCAUCAGCAAUCCUGAAAAGGACCGCAGUCUCAGGCGUCGAUCAAGCAAGUCCAGCGGUAAAGGGAAGGCUAGAGAAGAUGUCGAGAACCCUCAAGCACUCGCCAACAAAUCGAGGAAGCCGGCCAGAGUUGCGAGACAUAGUGUUGAAGCGUUGAGCAAUACCCGCGCUAAUGCUUCUGGCGGAGUCGUGCUUGGUUCUCCUACAGGGCCAGUCAAUGUUACAGGAAAGCCACGACUUGCCGGACUGAAGGAUCGAACCAAGAGCCAAAUCGACACGCGGUCACGAGAAAUCGAUCUGUCUCGACAACGCUAUGCGCAAUAUCUUGAUCAAUUUGCGGCUGGUGAGGAGGAAGAAGAAACGUUGAGGGACGGGACGAUCAUCGGGAUGGGCGUGGGCAUCGGGCUGAUCGUGAUGGCCAAGCAGCUUAUGGACGACUUUGGCUCGGAAGACGACGAGCUGGAGGAGAGGCAUAUCAGUGGGCCUGAAGAUUCAGACUACGGCGAGGAUCAACGGGAGCCAGUCAAUUUGUAUGGCGAAACCAGCAGCGACGAUGAAGAGGGCGAUGCACCGAUCGAGUUCAAGCGGCGGGUUAGGCCGGAACCAAGAGGUCAGGGACACGGAGAGUGA